CAGAGUGGGAACCCUCGAAAAGAAAGCAACUAGGCCCGGGGACUUCCAAAUCUAGUCAGUGGCAUCACUACAAUCACUGUGCUGCGCCCCGAUCACAACCUCUCGAGAAGGAACAACAGCAUCGGUUACAGAGUCGUAGAUGUCAUUCUCUCAGCACCAUGUACCACUUGAGAUUGCAGGCGUUGGUAGGAUUGGUGUUGUAUAUUUUAUAGUUAGCGGAUGAACAAAACAUGUAUAUAAAGGAGAAGCAGCAGCAUCACCAAGAACCUCACACACCAGUACACAACCAAACAAUCAAGCUUUCUCUUCUCUCCACUACCAAUCACUUUUCUUCUCCCUUCCCCAUACUCUAACUAUCCCUAUAAACCCUCAACCAUGCGCUCAUCCCGCAUCUGGGCCUCCGCCCUCACUCUCAGCACCACCCUCGCCCAAGGCGACCUCGCCGCCCUCCUCUCCUCCCAACCCGACCUCAGCGAACUUCUCACCCUCGUCUCCCUCAUCGAUGGCCUCGCACCCACCCUCUCCUCCGCCACAAACAUCACCAUCUUCGCCCCUACAAAUGCCGCUUUCGCUGCCGUCCCUCGCGACAUCCCUGAGGGCCAGGCCAUCGAGUUCAAAAACGACACUGCGGCUAUUGGGGCGCUGCUUGCGAAUCACGUCUUCAAGGGGGUGUAUCCGGCAGAAGUGAUAGGGGAGAUCCCGACGUUUGCGCAGACGCUGCUGAAUGGCUCAUAUGUUAAUGCUAUUCAACCUUUUUCAGAUUUUACGGGCGGAGCGUAUAAUGGGCUUGUGAAGAAUGGGGAGGAGGUGUGUGUGUUGAGUGGGGAGCAGACGGUUUCGACCGUGACUGAAGCAGAUAUUAAACUCGGCGAAGGCAUUACGAUUCAUAAGGUUGAUACGGUACUUUCCUUUGGCGCCCCCUUCCAACUCUUCACCUACCGCGCUGGCUACACCGCCAUGAACAGCGCACUCCAAGCAGCCCAGCUCGCCAUCGACUUUGGGCUCAACGGGCCCGAUCAAGUCGGGCUGAACAUCUCCGACUUUACAAUUUUCGUCCCGGAUAACGCAGCGUUUGAAAAUAUCGGAUCCAUUCUCGCCACCGCAGACAAAGAGACGCUGCAGACGGUGCUGAAACACCACAUCAUACCCAAAAACGUCAUCUUCUCGCCUAGCCUGGGUAAUGUGACGGUGAAGAGUAUGGCGGACGAGGACUUGGUGUUUACGGUGCUGCCGGAUGGCAGUGCGUGGGUGAAUGGAGCCAAGAUUACGUUUGUGAAUACGAUCUUGUAUAAUGGGGUGGCGCAUGUGAUUGAUGGUGUCCUAAAUCCCCUCGCGCCAUUCGACCGCGCAUCACUUCACCCAGAAGCGCCAGCAGCUGAACGCACAGCGUUUCUCAGUGCAACCCGUGUAUCUCCCCUUCCGAUACCGAGUGCGUCGCUGGCGUUUUUCGGGGAUGCAAUGACGUAUACGACUACGCCUGAGUUGCUGAAGACGCUGGCGCCGCUGGCGGUUCCUACGCCGACGAGUGCGAGUGCUGCUACGACAAGUAGCUCUCCAUCCAUGGUGACGAGUGUGGGUGUGAGCGGUACGGCUACGGGUACUUCUCCGCCUAUGGAGAUGUUUACGGGUGCUGCGGCAGGUGGAUUGGCACCAGCGGCUGGUAUGGCGGUCGUUGGGGCGGCGGGCCUAGCUGCUAUGUUUUUCUAAGAUAUGGAUGUGCGAAGGGGAGGGUGUGGGGUAUAAUGAGCGGAAUGGUGGUGGUAUAUACAUGGGCAUGGUUAACGAGCAUUAUCUACUGCGUUCCUUUCAGCUUUUUUCUUCUUCCCUACUUUGUAAUAAUUAAUCAUAGAUACAUUAUUCGUUACAAUAUCAUGUUUUCUAGCAUCAC